CAGUCUCCUCUUUUCCCCUUGAGAUAACCGACAGCGUCGAGAACGAAAUGCAGCACGCUGUUACGAGCCGGAUACUGCCAUAAGCGAGCCGUUUCGAACUCUUCCACGGUUAUCUUCCUAAGGCCUUGGCUUGUGUUCUCAGAACAGAAGUACAGCCGUGAAGGGCACUCAUGUUGGAUGUUUCUAGUUCUUUUAUCCAUCAGCUCAUCAAUUGCUUCUUUUACACUCAGAGCGGCUGACAUUUCUCGGCUAAUGUGAACCCGUUUUAUGGUUUUGAACGGACCAGGUUCAAAAAUCAUUAGGCGAACGUGUAAAAGCUCGAACUCGCUCGUUGGCCCUUCUUGAGCACUGGAAGAGACGGUCAUAUCUGAGAAGAUUUCGUCAAGUACACGCAUUUUACGGCUCCAUACGUCCGGUGGUGACUGUUGAUUAUAGCUUCUAGGAAGGGGCAAUACUUUAGGAUCGUCGUCGAGAGGGGUACGGUUAAGUGGUGGGCUGCCUUUUUUUGAUCCUCUCCUGAAAAUAUCAGGUUUGACAAGAAAUCGUAUGUAUCGAGCUCAUGCUUACCUAUUGACAAACGUCAAAGAUUGCGACUUCUUCGCUGAGCGAUGAGGGGUGCCGGGGCUACUGCGCUUUUCGCGACCACUUCGUUCCUUUUGCUCCCGGCUCUCUUUGAACGAAGAUCGACUUGGACUUGAACGAACCCCUGAUGCUCUUUCUUUAGCUCUUCGUAGAGACAUUAUUUGGCUUUCAUAA